AUGAUUAUGUCAGUGGGCGCUUUCCUGGAUGAAGACGAUCCUCCUGAUUUGUUCGAUCUGCCAAGGUUCCCCGGUCCCGGAAACGACGGCGGCUACCGAGUCCAACUGAAGUGCAUUUGCCUCUCGGACAUCUGCUAUUAUCCUUCAUCGGCUGGAUGGGAAGACAUCUAUGCUACAAGAAAUCAGACUUCGAGAGUUUAUGAAGUCGGAUGUGACUGCGAGCUAGGUGGCAUCUGUGACAUUUCUUACUUCUUCAUACCAUUCGACGUUUCGCAGCUGUAUCACCCAGUAAUGGACACCGAGUCUCAGGAGGAGCCUAUCGACACGGAGGGAUGGCGCGAAGAGCUCCGCAACAUUUCAAACGCUCGAAGUUUCCGAGUGCAUCAGGAGCUCUACAAACCAGUUUUUUCUGACAACGAAGUCAGUCCAGCCAAAGUCACAAUAUGUGUCAUGCUCAGGACAUCGGAGAACGUCGACGAAGACGAUCCCGAUUGUACGUAUCUGUGAAUGUCGGGGAGGAAACUGCCCCGAACGCGCGGGGAGCGAGCGUCUCCCCUCAUCAAACGUUUCCGUCGGCACAAUACCAAAACCGGCCGUGCUAAAUUUUUCACUCUGCGCUUUCUGAUAAAUCCGACUUCAGCGAAUGGCUUACGUACUAUGUAUGCCGCAUGAGAUAUGGAUCGAAAUGAUUCUGGUCACGAGCGCUC